AUGGGUGGUGCCAAGUCAGCUGUUGAUUUAAUGGAAUCUUCAUCUGAAGUUCAUUUUUCUGGAUUUCACAUGGAUGGUUAUGAGCAAAGAGAAGCUAGCAUAGAACAACCAACAACAUCGGAAACUGACACGUACAAUCAACCUUUUGUCAUAGGUGUUGCUGGGGGUGCGGCAUCCGGCAAAAAAACAGUUUGCGAUAUGAUUGUUCAGCAGCUUCAUGACCAGCGAGUGGUGCUUGUUAAUCAGGAUUCUUUUUAUAAUAACUUGAGCGAGGAGGAACGAUCAAGGGUACAAGAUUACAACUUUGACCAUCCUGAUGCUUUUGAUACCGAGGAAUUGCUUCGUGUUAUGGACAAAUUGAAGCACGGUGAAGCUGUAGAUAUUCCAAAGUAUGAUUUUAAGAGUUACAAAACUGACACGUUAAGAAGGGUGAACCCUUCUGAUGUUAUAAUUUUGGAAGGCAUCCUUGUUUUCCAUGAUCCACGUGUUAGGGAGUUGAUGAAUAUGAAGAUAUUUGUUGAUACAGAUGCUGAUGUUCGUUUGGCAAGAAGGAUUAGGCGUGAUACCAGCGAGAAGGAUCGGGACAUUGGAGUAAUUCUUGAUCAGUAUUCAAAAUUUGUGAAGCCAGCUUUUGAUGACUUUAUUCUUCCAACAAAGAAGUACGCUGAUAUAAUCAUACCUCGUGGAGGAGAUAAUCAUGUCGCUAUUGAUUUGAUUGUUCAGCAUAUCCGCACAAAGCUUGGUCAGCAUGACCUGUGUAAAAUAUAUCCAAAUUUAUAUGUCAUUCAGUCGACUUUUCAGAUACGCGGUAUGCAUACCUUGAUACGUGAUGCUCAGAUAACGAAGCAUGAUUUUGUAUUUUAUUCUGAUCGCUUGAUUCGUUUGGUCGUCGAACAUGGUUUAGGACAUCUUCCAUUUACAGAAAAACAAGUAAUCACUCCCACAGGUUCUGUUUACACUGGUGUGGAUUUUUGCAAAAGGUUGUGUGGUGUCUCUGUCAUCAGAAGUGGGGAGAGUAUGGAGAAUGCCUUAAGAGCAUGCUGUAAAGGUAUUAAGAUUGGGAAAAUUCUGAUCCACAGAGAAGGCGACAAUGGCGAACAGCUAAUAUAUGAAAAGUUGCCAAAUGACAUCUCAGAAAGGCAUGUGUUACUGUUGGACCCUAUUCUUGGCACAGGUAAUUCGGCUGUUCAUGCAAUUUCUUUACUUAUAAGAAAGGGCGUACCAGAAUCCAACAUUAUAUUUCUUAAUCUCAUCUCUGCUCCUAAAGGUGUUCAUGUGGUGUGCAAAAGUUUCCCAAGAAUUAAAAUAGUGACAUCUGAGAUAGAGAUUGGUUUGAAUGAAGAUUACCGUGUCAUACCAGGUAUGGGAGAGUUUGGAGAUCGGUACUUCGGAACUGAUGAUGAUGAUGAACAAGUGGUGGUUGCUUCAAAGUAG